GGCUGUCAGGAGGUAGCUGGGUGGCAGGGACGGGGGGGAAGCCACCUGAGAAAGCCAUGUAAGAUCUCUGGCUAAUCCAGACACAAAAAUCCUAAUUCCUCCAUAAAUCCCAACAAAGAAUGAGCUUCAUGGAUGAUCCAUCCCUGGAUUAAACAGACAGCUCAGCAGCUCCAUGGAGAUCACCACAGAACAAACCCUCUGAAGUUCAUCUCACACCUGAAUGUCAGGUGAAAGUGACGUCAUUAUCUCCGGACAGGUAAAAGGAAACUUUAGAAACCUCCCUUCCUUAGUUUUUGGGAUUUGUGCGUCUUCGGAAUGAGCGGUGGUCGCUUCGAGUUUGACGACGGUGGGGCUUACUGUGGGGGCUGGGAGGGGGGCAAAGCCCACGGCCACGGAAUCUGCACCGGACCCAAGGGCCAGGGGGAGUAUUCGGGCUCCUGGAACUACGGCUUCGAGGUGGUCGGGGUCUACACCUGGCCCAGCGGGAACACCUAUGAGGGCUACUGGUCACAGGGCAAGCGCCACGGGCUGGGGGUGGAAACCAAAGGACACUGGAUCUACAGAGGAGAAUGGACCCAUGGCUUCAAAGGGAGGUACGGGGUCCGGGUCAGCGUGGGCAGCGGCGCGAGGUACGAAGGAACCUGGAAUAACGGACUACAGGAUGGAUACGGGACGGAAACCUACGCAGAUGGAGGUACUUACCAGGGUCAGUUCACUGGUGGAAUGCGCCAUGGCUACGGUGUACGGCAAAGCGUUCCCUACGGCAUGGCAGCAGUUGUUCGUUCCCCUCUCCGUACGUCUUUAACUUCACUUCGCAGCGAGCACAGCAAUGGUGCAGUUCUACAACAAGAUGUUCCAGCUAUAACCACCACCAAUGCCUCAGGGGAAGAAACGCCAGUCUCCACCCCUUCCCAGCUGGGACCAUCCCGCGGAGGCUUUGCUCUCACUCUCCAGGUGGAUCCUGAGGCAGUGAAGCCCAAGAAGAAGGGUCUGUUCAGAAGGGGCUCCCUGCUGGGUAAGCUGAAGAAGUCUGAAUCAAGCACAUCGCUUUCCAGCCAGAAGAGCAAGAUCAGCUUCUUGAGGACGGAGUCGGCCCUGAGUUCCAACAUCAGCGAUACCAACUCCACCAUCAGCGGAGACGAGAGCCUGGCCGGAGCGGAGGAUUUCCCCCCCGUGGAGGCUGACAUUGACGCCACCACCACCGAGGUCUACAUGGGCGAGUGGAAGAACGACAAACGCUCGGGAUAUGGAAUAAGCGAACGAUCCAGUGGCCUGAAGUAUGAGGGCGAGUGGCUCAACAACCAGAGACACGGCUAUGGCUGCACCACAUUUGCUGAGGGAGGGAAGGAGGAAGGCAAGUACAUGAACAACAUGUUGGUGAAGGCCAUGAAGAAGAGGGUGAUCCAGCUAAAGGGAACCAAGAUCAAGCAGAAAGUGGAGCGGGCGGUCGAGGGAGCACAGAGGGCAGCGGCCAUUGCCAAACAGAAGGCAGAGAUCGCUGCCUCCAGAACUGCCCAUGCAAAGGGCAAGUCGGACGGCGCUGAACAGGCUGCCCAGGCCUCCAACAGCGAGUCCAGUAUUGCCAGACUGGUUGCCAAAGAGCUGUCGCCUUCUUUCUAUCAGCCAGGCCCUGAGUACCUGAAGAAGAGGGCUUUGCUAGAGGCGGUGGAAGACGGCGAGAACCCAGAUACUGAAAUACACGAGCCCCUGCUAGCAGAAGAGGAACCUCUGCUUGCAGAUGAAGAGCCCCCGCCAACACCACCUGAGAGUCCAAUACUAAAUGAACUGGCCGGUCUCAUGCCUGGCUCGUCUCCAGCACGAACCCCCUCCCCGAGCCCCGCCAUAAUCAGCAAGGAGGACCCCAAACUCCUUGGUCCAAGAGCCUGGAAUGAAGACAAAUCCAUUAAAAGUACCAGCAGUAAGGGUAGCGUCAAACCUAGCAGUGUGCCUAGCAGUAGGUCCAUCACUCCUUCGGUUUCAACUGCUGCACAUGGCCUGGCUGCAGCUGAGGCUGAAGCAGCCUCUGGUAGUCGUCAACCGUCACGCUCCCCGAGUCGUCUGAGUAACAAGAUCGAGCAGGGCUCAGACUUAGAGAUCAAACCACUUCAGAAAUUUGACUCUGAGGCAAUGUCUCCAGAUGUCACUCCAGCUGUUCCAGAAAUGAAUAGCUUAAGUUCACCUGAUGAAGAAGAAACGGCCCCCCCUCGUGAUACCAACAUACCCCCAAAAGCUGUGACCCCUGAGCCCAAAGCCCCCGAGGCAAAAACCGAAAGAUCUCUGCCGGUCCCUGAGCGACCACCAUCCACCUCUGAGAGGAAAAGGCCAUCCAGGGAGGGGAGCCGGCCAGGCAGCAAAGCAGAGACAAGACCAAUACCAAAGCGGCAACCGAGUCCAGCUCCACCUUCCAAACGACAACCGAGUCCAGCGCCGCCUCAAAAACGACAUUCAAGUCCUCCUCCACCUCCAAAAGCCAUUGCUAAUCAUGAACCUAAUGCCGUUCCAAAGGCAGUUGAAAUCAAAGCAGCAUUUGCAAAACCAGCAGCUAGGUUCCUGGUGUCGAGUAAACAGGGAACGGCAGAGUCUUCAGACCUGGAGGGCCCAAACACCAUCAUGGUGUGUAUGGUGAUCCUGCUCAACAUCGGCCUGGCUAUUCUCUUCGUCCACAUUUUGUCCUGAGCUGUUUUUCACCACAUCAGGUCACAGGUGGCGUUGGACCCUGAUGGCGUCGCUCCUCCACCUCAUGGACCAGAGAUCAGACACACCACUGACGGCUGGCGGGAGCCUCCUGCUGUGGGUUUGGGUUGGUGUAACUGUGAGAGGUUCUGUGAAGCUCUUGUUUUUAGCAAAGCGUUUUGGGGGGAGACUGAAGGACAGUGGCGAGCUGACGUGUGACUGUUGCUUUAAAGUUGCCGGUUUAGAUGGUAGAGCAAGUCUUGGAGCUGGGUUGGCCUCCAGAAUUCAACUUUGUCACAGUGUGUCACCAGGGUGCUGUCGUUUUUGCAGUAUGGGUUGUCCUACUUUUAAUACACCGAGUGAUCCUCACCACCGUGAAUCAGAUCAGCACACGCCGCCUCGACGUGCAUGCUUUUUAUUUUGGUCACUUCAGACGAAGGAUGCUGAAAACUCCAACUGACUGAACGUUGGCUCUGGUUCGCCUCCACUCUGCCCUCAUACAGCUUCCUGUGGCGGAAAACUUCUUCUGUUUUUGACGAUUUUGUGUCAAACAUCUAAAAAAGGUUCUCCCCAUGCAGAAACGACACUUUUAUCAUGGAUAACAUCACCGACGUCCGACAGAAAGGCCACAGGGAUUUACUGUAUGUGUGUGAGUUUUUAAUUCUGCUGCUUUUGUUGUUUGUUUAAGGAGGAAAUAAAAGGUUAAGAAAGAGAAAAGGGAGUAAUGAUGAUGUUUGAGUGUCCCUGCUGAUGCUUUUGUCCUGCUUGUCCUUGUGGAGCCGCUCUGUUUUCAAACGAGCUUCCAGGUUAUGGUGAUGUCUGCAGAAUCAUCUAAAAGCAAUCACUGUAUGUUUUUACUAAGGGUGCUGAAACUGUGCAUUGGUAUUCCUGCAGCAGGUUCAGAAUGAUCAAUAUGUCUGCAUUGUGUUUAGCUUUUACAGCCAAAUAUUUGUAUGCAGGGGGUCAUUUUCUGUACUUUUUUAUUUUUUCUGGUUGUGCAUCUGUUCAUCUUUCAAACAAUUCUGCUGUUUUGCUUUUUCUCUUUUUAGCUAAAAGAAUUACGCCACCCUAAAUACUAAAUUUAUUUACCUCACAAUAGUUAGUUUGAGAAAAAAAAACACAGAAAGAUUCUUAACUCCAUGUCUUACAGUGAAAAGACUUUUUUUUCUUAGUUUAGGAGGUCGAGAAGAAGUACUUACCUGAAGCCGAUCUGCCUUUGAGUUUGAUGAAGUUGUUGUUGAUGAAGGAAAAAACGGCUAAAAGUAUUUGCAUUUAAAUAAAGAUCCCAUCAAAACAUGAA